CACGACUUGGAUUCUUCAGCAAUGUUUGACGAGAAUGAUCUGGAUGACACAUUUAAGAAGGAUUAUAGUCAAUGGUUGGAAACUGAAGUUUACAGCAAAAAAAACCAAUGGAAAUACGGCAAAGACAAUCAUGAUGAUGAUGAUGAUGAAUACCUCGACAACUAUCAUAAACAAAAGGCAAACACAACCAAUUGGCCAGGAACACCUAUUCCAGCAUCACCUAUCUGUCGUCCGUUAGACAAUGCAGGAAUCUCUCCAACAGUACUUGCACAAGAAAUCAAUAAACUUUAUCAUGAAGAACUGAACAGGGAAUUCGACAUGAACGGAUCAAUGAAUGGGAAGGAAACCAAAAUCAAGGAUGAAUGGGACGCACCAACCAUACCAACAAACUAUAUGGGUGAAUUCAUUUAUACCAAUAACAAUAACGACGAUGAUGAUCUUUAUCCUGGUGAUGAUGAUGAUGAUGACGAUGAUUAUGAUGAUGACAAGAAAUCAACACGUUGGUUAACUGAUCCUUUGGUAGAUGUGAACUGGACUACCUUGACUGAAGAUGAAUUUGCCAAACGACUUGCCAUUGUGGAAGAAAAAACAGUACGACGCUGGAUGAAUGUUGACAUUAAUGAUCCUCAAUAUAUCAAGGUCCUGGACACAUUUGAAAAAUCAGAAGAAAGUGGAUACGAUGAAUGG